CAGUUCUGGAAAGUUCCACGAGAGCAGGAUAGGCGCUCACUCAUUCGCUUGGCUUGUUCGGGAUACUCGGCCGUUCUCGUGCGUGACGCGUGCAGUCGAGAAAAUCCCACUUCCCACUUUCUAUUGAUCGCGCGAGUGAAUUUUCCGAAACAUCCUCGAACAUCCCGUCAGACAUCCCGCAAAAUGUCGUUGUUCAGCUCGUUCACGGGUGCCGAUGACGAUAUCUUCAAUAUCUUUGGGUCGUCCAUGCAUACUAUGAGGCAGAUGAACAGCAUGAUGAACUCCAUGUUCAACGAUCCAUUUGAUAUGAUGAGACCAAAUGCUCUUAUGCCUCAUUUUGGUAGAGGACAUCUUAAUGACAUGCCAGUUUCUCUGUUUAAUCCUCCUUUUGGCAGAUUUGAUUUUAAUACCAUGGCGAAUAAUGGAAAUUGUCAUUCCUUCAUGAGCCAAUCGGUAAUGACCAUGUCCAGUGGUCCCGAUGGUCGACCACAAGUUUAUCAGGAGACUAUGUCUACAAGAAUGGCACCUGGUGGCAUAAAAGAAACUAAAAAGACAGUAAGCGAUUCUCGUACCGGUACCAGGAAAAUGGCUAUUGGUCAUCAUAUUGGUGAAAGGGCACAUAUCCUCGAAAGAGAGCGAAAUAUGCAUGGCGAGGAAGAACGGCAAGAAUUUAUUAAUCUUGAGGAAGAAGAAGCAGAAAGCUUUAAUCGCGAAUGGGAAACACGUACUCGUCGUACUCGUCCUGCAAUUGAGGGAGCUACUGGCGUCAGUAAUGUGAGGUUUACUCCAGAACCAAGACAAUUAGCUUUACCAUCUACCACAGAUCUACCAGCAAGUCGACAUUCUAAUAGAAGUACAAGAUUCAGGGUACCUUCUUCUGCUAAACGUGCUAUAAGGUCUUUAAAUCCUUUGAAAGUAAAAAGUACACCUCCCUCUUCAAGUUACAAGUCUCCAGAACCCGUAGCAGCGUCUUCGAGAGCCACAGCAUCUUCGACUUCAAGUUCUACAUCAGGAUCCCGAAAACGCGAACAUAAGCCGGAUAGACAAGUUAGUAAUAAGCGUCACGCUAUUCCCCCUAGUGACAACUAGAAUAUCUCAAACUACUCUAUCCGUAACAUAUUUUAUUCUAUCCUUAUAUGCGAAACCUCUUAUAACGAGGCAUACCUUAAACAGACUAGAAAUAUAUUUUCUUUCAUAAUCGUUAAACGUUCUAAGAAAAUUGUACGAUUAUUUUUUCUAAAAAUUGUUAUCUCACUUUUCUCAUAAGAAGCAUUAUUAUUUUGAUAUAACUAUUUAAACCAAGUGUGCGGCAAAGUUCAGCAAUGUUCUCUUUUUUUUCUUUUCUAUACGAAUAUUUAUUCAAGUAUUAGAUCUGUAGAUUAAUCUUAGUCGAGGUCAUAAAGGAAAUAGAUAUAAACUUUUAAAAUAUAGCUCGGACUUUUGUCAUUAAUUAAAGAAGGCUCCGACAAUUUUUUAUAUGUUACUAUCAUACUUAUUUUAUCUUUUAAAAUAUUCAUAUUAUUGUAUAAUCAAAGAUGUCACAUCCAUUGACCAGUUGAUCAGUUUCUGUUUAUCUCAUUACUAUACAAUAGGCCUGCUCAAACUCGGCUAGCGAGCCCAACGCUCUUCCACUUCUCCGCCAUCUCGAUAGAAUAAGGUAGAAGGUAAAUAAAAAAGGAUUCACUCCUAAGAAAAAACAUGAAAUCGAUAACCGAAUCUAUCGAAAUGUUGUCACCGCUUUUCCGCGACGCUAAUUGAUUUUCUUGCUGUAUUAUUUCGUAAGCGGCUGUCAUCGCCGGAGUUAGUAAAUUUGUAUAGACGGUUAUCAUUGUAAUUUAUUUUUAAAAAGUAAAAAAUCUAAUAGCACACAUAAAACAUACGUUUAAUAAACGUUAAAACGCCUAUUUCUUGUCGCUAGAUCGUUUAUCCUUUUUUAUUUACUGUUAUUCACUCUAUCAAAGCGGCGGAGAGAUGGAAGCGCAUUUGGCUGGAGACGAGUUUGGUCUGCCAUACAAUUAAAAUAUAUUCAAAAAUGUAAAAGAAAAAGUGUAAAAGAAACAUAAAUAAAUUCUUGUUUCAAAUG